UAAAGCACUGUGUAGAGGCGCAGCAGGGUUUGGGAGGUAUGAAGCUGGAGCACUUGUUCUCACCCCUACAAGUGCGCUGACCUGCUCAACAUGGGCUCCUCACAGUCUGAACUGCGCCAACACCAGCUCCAGGAUCUCUCCGAUAAAACAGGCUUUUCUCCAGAUCAGAUUGCAAACCUGCACAAGCGGUUUAAGAACCUGUCCAAAAACAGCGACACCUUAAGCCGAGAUGACCUGGAGAACAUCAGCGAUUUGACCUUUAACCCCAUUCGAAGCCAGCUCAUCAAUGCCUUCUUCGACAAAAGGAAUUUCAGGCAGGACGAGGUGGGCACUGUGGAGGAGAUCGGCUUUGAGGAGUUCCUCACCGUCAUGUCACACUUCAGGCCACUCAACCAUAACCUGACGCAGGAGGACAAAGAGAAGAUUAGAAGAGAGAAACUGCGCUUUCUCUUCAACAUGCACGACAAAGACAACGACGGCUUCAUCACUUUGGACGAAUACAGACAUCUGGUAGAAGAGCUGCUGUCCAAAGCUGCUAUAGAAGGAGAAACAUCUAAAGCCAUCGCAGACGCGGCAAUGCUCGAGGUCGCGAGUGUCACCAUGGGUCAGAUGGCUCCUGAUGAGGUUUAUGAGGGAAUCACGUUUGAACAUUUCCUUCAGAUUCUGAAAGGUGUGGAGAUCGAGUCCAAGAUGCACAUCCGCUUUUGGGACACGACAACGCUGAGCUGUAGAAAGUAAAACAUUUCCACACGAGAUCAACCUUGUCGUCGUCGCUGCCAAACCUCCGCAUCACAUUCUGACCUUUCUACUUCCUCUUCGAACAUCUCCGAACCUUCCAGUGCUGCUCCGUGACCGACACCUGAACGGGUUGGACGAGAUGAGCGGCAUUUCUGUGAACAUACCUUUCAUCUGACGCUUGAGACACGCAUGCAGGUGUUGAGGGAAACAAUAGAGCACGGCUGAAAGGAGAGACUGUUCGGGGGAUAAUAUAUUAAUCCCUUUGGACUUAGCUAUUUUUGGUGCCUUUGAGUAGAGGUUAAAUUCUGCACUCACAAUAAAAGCGUAUUAGCAAUACACACACACACACACACACACACACACACACACACUGAUAAG